AUGACUUCCAAGUUCCCCGACUCUCUUAACUUCGCGAUCUACGGCCACUACGAAGAAGACGUCAGGCCCACGUUCAGCGGGAGGCCGCACGAGACCCCCGCGUGUGGUCUACACGAAGAGGAGCACACUAGCAUGUCGUGUCUGUGGGGCUGCAGAGCGGCGCACCGGCGCGUGCGGUGCUGCCACCGUGUGUUCAAGUUCCAGGAGACGUGCCAUGUCUUCGUCGGGCGCUUCGUGGGCCACCAGCACGACGGCAUCGAGGGCGUGUCCCUGUCCAAGUGGACGCCGUGCCACCAGGUCGCGCUGCGUCUGCAGCACGAAGGCAGACUCUCGAAGCUCUCCUACGACGGCGAGCAUUACCGAGGCAUGGUCGACCUCUGCCUUUGA